GGUGCACCCAGGGAGAUGGCAUCCGACAGUGAGGUGAAGAUGUUACUCAAUUUCGUGAACCUGGCCUCCAGUGACAUCAAGGCUGCCCUGGACAAGUCUGCCCCUUGCCGACGCUCUGUAGAUCACAGAAAGUACCUGCAGAAACAGCUCAAGAGGUUUUCUCAGAAAUAUUCCCGGAUGCCAAGAUGCUAUCCCAAUAGAUCUGGAGAAUCACACUCAAAAAGGGGGCCUGAGGAUGGCCAUUGCCGCACCCCCUCUAAUGGCAGCACUGAGAAGGGCCCCGGAAACUCAGGAAUGGAAGAAAAUUUUCCUGAAGAGCAGGCCCUUCAAGAGCAAAUCCCAGAGGCCUCCAGGCCGGACCAAGUACCUAUGCGGAAAAGACAGCUACCUGCUUCCUUCUGGGAAGAACCCCGGCCUGCCCAAAGCUACUCUGGAGGGUUAGAUGGGCUCUCAGUCCACAGGGAGGUUCCUGCCUAUGAGGGGAAAAAAAGCAAAAAGAGGCCUGAUACCGUGGGCUCAGAGACUGCCCCUGUACCUGCUUCUCCCAGGGCAGAAAAGGAGUCCCCUAAGGUCACUUCAGCCUCCCUCAUGGGCCGAAUGAGUGCCUGGAGUUGUUGUCCAUUCCAAUACCAUGGACAACCCAUCUACCAGAGCCCAGGAGGUCUGCCUCAGUCUCCUGUGCCUGGUCUGGGGCUUUGGAGAAAAAGUCCAUCUUCCCCAGGGGAGAUGGGCCAUUUCUGCAAGGAGCCUGGUAGCCCAGGCCAGAAAGUUUACAGACCAGUGGUCUUGAAACCCAUUCCCACAAAGCCAGGGGUUCCUCCUCCCAUUUUUAAUGUUUUCAGCUAUAUCUAGCCCCAGGUGAGUGACCCUUGGAAAGC